AUGUUUCGAGGUGUUGAGCGACCUGUUAGUUACAAUCGCCGUGCCAGAGAGUGGAUUAAUAAGAUGUUAUUUCUCUGGGCACGAGAACCAACGCCAAGUCCCAAGGGUAGUGUCUGGUUGACUUGGCUGACAACUGCUGCAUUUUUUUGGACAUGUAGACGUCCGAUUUUUCGAGCUAUACGUGGUGUCGUGUCACCGCUACGUAUUAUUGGUAGUCACGCUCCCUCACGGGUUCGUUCAAUCAACCGUGGAAAGAGACGAGAAAUAGCUGGAGUUGUCCCCGAUCGACAGAGCUUAAUUUUGCAUCCAAAGCUGCCAGUGGUAUCAGUGACGGGUAUCAGGACAAAAGUAAAGCGGCUGGGAACUGGAGACGGGCCUCACUUAACUCCUUGUGCCAACGUUAAUAAAAUUUCACAUAAAAUUCAGUACAGAGUCACCAGAAGUGGUCGAGUCUACGGAACCUACGUACCCCAUUAA